CAUUGCUUGAGAAACCCGUCAGCAAAAGACGAGACAGUGAAGCUGUACAGAAGGCCAAGAUCCUUUACGCAUCCUGCAUGAAUGAGAAUAAAAUUGAAAAAGCCGACAUGAAACCCCUGUUAAGUAUACUGAGGCAUUCACCUUUCCGCUGGCCUGUGCUGGAAUCCAACAUUGGACCUGAAGGGCUGUGGUCAGAAAGGAGGUUUAGCUUAGUCCAAGCCUUGGCAAGCCUUCGUGGUCAAUACAGUAACUCUGUCUUCAUCCGUUUAUAUGUGGCUGCUGAUGACAAAAUCUCCAAUCAGUAUAUCCUGAAGCUUGACCAAGCAAGCCUCUCUCUUGCAUCUCGAGAGGAUUACCUAGAAAACACCACAGAAGCGAAAUCUUACCGAGAUGCCUUUUUGCAGUUCAUGGUUGAUACAGCAGUGCUUCUGGGUGCAAACGCUUCACGAGCCGAAUCUGAUAUGAAGUCAGUUCUAAGACUGGAAGUUAAGAUAGCUGAG